GCGGAGCGCGGCCCGGGAACGCGGCCGGGGAGCGCGGAGCGGGGAGCGCGGCCCGGAGCGGGGCUCGCGCGGGCCGCCUGCGGGCGGACAGCGCGCCAUGCUGGGCCGGCGGCGCGUCUUCGCGGUGGAGCCGCUCGGCGGCCGGGAUGGGGCCAUCGAGGACCUGGCCCAUGGCUGUGUAGUGCCGGGAGCCACCAGCGUCUACCGACGGAUCCCGGAUGCCACUUGGGGUGGCUCGUUGGAUUCCUGGAGGGGAGAGGGCAGGCUGAGAGGUCGCAGGAGGCCCGCCCCGCUCCUCAAACUGGCCUCCCGAGACUCAGGGGUUGAGAUGGUGGUUGGGGACAGCCCCUUGGCCGCCUUUCCAGGACUUUCUCUGGAGUCUCUGCAUCUUGAGCCCAUGGAGAGCUCUGAGCCUGCUGCCCAGCGAGACCGGCUGCUGGCCAGCCACAAGCUGGAGCGGGCGCUGGAGCGAGCCCGCGGGGGCCCCGGGGUGCCUGGCCAGCGCUGUUCCCGGAGGUCACCUCCCCAGCCUGAGCGGGGAGCACCUGCUUUUGCCACCCAACAAGAGCCCACGGAGGCAGAAACCAAGCUGGAGGCAGGUGUGGAAGAAGCAGAGCUGGAGGGUGGCAUGGGACCCGAAGCCUGGGCCCGCCUCCCGGGGAAGGGUCUUCGCUAUCUGGAGCAUCUGUGCCUCGUGCUGGAGCAGAUGGCAAGACUUCAGCAGCUCUACCUGCAGCUGCACUCCCAGGGGUCCCCCGAGGAUCCUGAGGAGGAGGAGGAGGAGGAGGCAGCCGGCCUGGCUCACUCAUCUUCCCUUUCCACUGCCCCUGACAGUGGGGUACAGGGGCUAGAGGAACUGCUAAGCCAGACGAAGGAGGCAGGAACAGAGGCAAUUUCAGCUCCAAAGCUGGAGAUGCUCAGCCCCAGCCUUCCCAGGCUGUCAGAGGCCCCCGUGGAAUCAGCUCGCACCUUCCCACCCUCCCGCAGACACAAGGAUCUCUCCCACUGGGACAAGGUCAAGGUCUUGCUCAAUCGGAUCCGCUGGCGAAGCGCUAGACACCCUGAGCCCCCUGUCCCUCCUGAUGGUUCUGGUCCCAGAAUUGAGCCCAAGGAUCUCUCUGAAAUGCCUCCAUGCUGCCCCCACCAAAAGACCUUUAUGCCAUCAUUAAUGAUUAAGAAGUCACGAGCAAAAAAUCUUUCUGUUUGCUGAGAACUCUUGGGGCGUCUGGUGGUCCUGAAUGCAAGAAAUUUGCUAUGAGUCUUCUGUGCCAAGUUGCCUUGUGGCUGCUUCUUCAUACUGCCAAGAACAGUUAUAAAUGCUUGCCCCUCUAUUAGUAAGGGCCAAAUUUCUCUCUUCUGAGCAGCUUCACAGAGGAGCCCUGGUUGUCCAAGAAGCCCCAAGGCUUGCCAGCCCCAGGCCCCCUCCUCCUUUCCGGAAGUUCAGAAGACAUGAACUAAUGUAUCAGGAGUCCAUAAAUUAUGUAUGGCAUGGUGAUCUGUAUGUGCCCUUCGUAUUGCAGAUGUGUGUUUAUGCAUAAUGUAUGUACAUCCUUGUGGACCGUUAUUGUCAGUUGGCUGGAAUCAUCCUAUAACGUGUCAGUCUUCUAGGGAAGUAACUGGAAGGAUGGAGCUGACCUUCAUUUCACAUUGGCCAGUGACUGAUCUGGAUUUCUGCCUUCCUCUUCAUCCCUGAAUUGGCAGCCCUCAAACAUGGAACUGUGCUGUUUUAGCUGCCUCCCUGUUGAACCUUGGCCCUUGGAGAGGAGCAGGGGCUUGUGGGGGACCACAGAAUAACUUUGAAGGUCAAUUCGAAGCCCCUCUCCAUACUAGCUUUUCCAUGUCAGAGCUGAACGAACCCAGACAUGUACACUCGCUUUUUAGACCAUGUCAAACAAAACAAAACAAUCUCUUAACUUCUGAGCCACAGCUUCCUACUUGGGAUUAAAACUGCCUGUCCUACCUACCUCACAAGCUUGUUAGGAGGAUAAAGUGACACUGAACUCU